AUCCGCUUCCCCAUACUUGUAACUUGCAUCCGAACCCUGCACUGCACAUCCAACACCCCCUCCCUCCUCACUCUACUCCGUACCUAGGUACUCCUCAGCGCAGCAGGUCAAUCAUCAUCACAUCCAUUCAUUCAUCCCCUUCACUCACACACGCCCUCAGCUGCCUGCCCCCCCUCUCCGUCUCCCUCUCUCCCUGCGGCAUCCCGAAUCCGACGAGGGCCCCGACACCGCUCCCGCUCCCGCUCCCGCUGUCUCCACAGCAGCACCUUCAAAGGACCGGUACCUCACCAGAGAGCACUUGGUCUCACCGCUUCUCCAACGCAUCAAAUCAAUUGCAGCUGCCAUGCUGCCCCUGCUGCUGCUGCAACUCCUUCUGCCUCUCCCUCUGCCUCUGCCCUGCUGCAGACUCUCAGAAUGAUGCCUCGAUAGUCGCCUCCCUCCCUCGCCAUCUUCGUCAUCAUGGCUGACCAGCAACCGGCUUCCUUCUUCCCCCCCUCCAGUAUCCCCCCACCGCCGCCACUGCCUCCUUCCAAAACGUCCUACUUCUCGCGCUUCGUGACCCAGCCUCUGACGACUGCCUAUGGCUCGCGCCCUCCCUCUGCUCAGGCAAACCAUCCCCAUGGCGGCCGUCCGAACCCACUGGUCCCAAGGCUGCCCGAUGCCCGGACUGGCUCGUCGCAAGACGCCAGCCAUAAAACGGGCCUGGAGAUCUCGGCCCUUGACAUCAACCGUGAGCGUACCCACGCCAUCCUGGCCGGCAAGGAGAUCCUCAAGACAGUGCGCGUGCAAGGCGCCAAGAUCGUCGAGGAGACCAAUCUCCGCGCCGCCAUCCUCAACUAUGCAGACCGAACCACCACACCUGCUCGCCAGCGCGACGGCCUUGGGGUUCAUGACGUGAAGUGGUCUCACGGCCCGUUUGGCACCCACAUUGCAACUGCCGCCGCCAAUGGCAAGGUGAUUCUGUACGAUCUCAAUCGUGCCGGCAUGGAGAUGGCCCGCCUGCACGAGCACACCCGUCAGGUCCACAAGCUUGCCUUUAAUCCUCACCAGGGCGCUCUGCUGCUCUCCGCUAGCCACGAUGCCACCGUUCGCCUAUGGGACUUGCGCGACUUCCGAAAGGAAGCCAUGACCUGUCGCAGCAGAAAUCAAUUCGUCGGUAUGAAUGGCGGCAUCCGGGAUGUCCAAUGGUGUCCCACAGACGCCCUCGAGUUUGCCUUUGGCACCGAUAAUGGAACCAUCCAGCGUUGGGACUUCCGCCACACAAAGGGCCCGAAACAGAAGGUCACGGCCCACGAUCAGCGCACUUGCACAUCCAUCGACUGGCACCCGGAUGGCAAGCACUUGCUCAGCGCCAGCGUCGACAAGACGGUCAAGCUUUGGGAUUUCUCGCUGGAUGGGAGGCGGCAGAAGCCGGCAUUCGUCUUGACCACGCCCUACCCCGUCUACAAGGCCCGCUGGAGACCACCCUACUGGUCCGACGAAUACUACGAAAAGGGAGUGUAUCAAUGCACCCAAAUCGCCACGUCCUAUGAUCGGGAUCACCCAGCCAUCCACGUCUGGGACUUGCGACGGCCGUAUCUGCCGUUCCGAGAGCUACAGAAAUUCGCCAGCGCCCCUGCCGACAUGCUCUGGCACUCACGCGACACCCUUUGGACCGUUGGCCGGGAGGGCGUGUUUCAGCAGAAUGACGUCCAUCAUGCGGCAAAGGUGGUUGACCGCCGCAAUCUGCAGUCCUUUGCCCUGUCGCCAACGGGGGAGCUUGCUGCCGUCGUACAGAAGCGACCCCGGCAGCGGCGCGCGGGCCUCGACUAUUCCUCCGACGACACGUAUCUGGGGAAGAAGCGCAGUAGCUCGGAAAAGACUAGCCUUCGCAGCUCCGCAGACGAUAGCUUGGACGACAGCUUCCUCAGCUCGUCGCUGAAGAAGAGCCAUGGUCGCACGGCAAGUAGCAGAUCGACCAGGUCGUUCGGGACCACUGCUCCGUCCGAGACGGCACCCAAGGUCAUGUUCCUCACGGACUCUCUGGCAAUGCACAAUGAAUCGUUGAAGCCAAACCAGAUUGCGGUUCGCGGGACCUUGCCCGGCGCAUUCAAUGUCCAGAUAUUCGCCUACCUGGCUCAAAAAUACAAGGCGAUAGCGCUCCCCGACCCGCCCACGGUGCGGGCCUUUCUCGAUCUCCAACAUGCCUUCGAUCAGAAUGCCGAGUAUGCACAAAGAGCCGCACUCCACAGGUUGGCUGAGACUUGGAAAAUCGUUGGCAGGGCCGUCACCUUUCUCGCUAGGCGACGCGCAGAGAAGCACAGACAGCACCGACGCACGCACGAGACGACAUACCCCGCAUCCGCAUCCGUGGCGUCUCAUGAGGCUAAUGAGGCUAAUAAUGAGGCCGCGCCCCAAAUCGGGUCCGAUGUGCCUUUGCCAGCACGCGACAACAACACGUCGUCCCUCACCCUCACCGUCCCUCCACGCCCGGUCCCCUGCGCUACCGAUACCUCCAACGUGCCCACGCCCGUCGCACGUCCUGUUACGAGCCCGGAAGCAGCUUCUAGUAGUAGUGCACAGCAGCUGCAUCCACUACCAGACCCCGACGAGGAUGACGGCAAGGUCCAGCUACCGCCACCGGCCACUGGACCCCAUUCCUUGGGCCCAGCGGAGGCCUCGCUCGCCCAAGGUGCUUCGAAUGGCUCGCUGGCUCCCGAUCGCCUCACCUUCGACGCAUCGCCAUGGUACAACUCGCCGCGGGAUUUGGACGAACGUAGGGCUUUGAUCGGCAGUUGGAGGGCAGUGCCCCGGGAGCCGCUCCGCCUGGAACCUUCCAGUGCGAGAGGGAUGGGCAUCGACAUACCACAUCGACUGGACCGACAUGACUCGGGCGAGAGCUUUGCCAUGUUCUCGGCUUCAACCGAUUCGCAGACGGCUCCCUCUGCGUCGAGCUCAUUUGCAAGUGGUAGAUCACACAAUCCGAGUAUGCAGUCCAUUCCUGAGGAUAUCCCGCUCGGACGCCCAGGCUCCAGCUUUGGGAAGCCAAGGCCAACGGAACAACCCCCUCUGGAUACUGCUAACAUGGCUACGAGCCUGUCUAUAUCACCCAAAAAUAAUGCCCUUGGCGCAGGCUAUAUUGGACCCGGCAAGCCGCGCGAAGUCUUCAAGCAAGGUUCGGCCCGUGCUGGCUCCAGCCUUGCAACCGACCACGGCAGCAAUGAGCACGCAGCGUUGGAGAUUGCAACCCUUCGCAGGAACAACCAGCUUCUCCGACACGAUAGUUCCGAAUCUGAGGUACUAUCAAGCACCAGGGACGGUGUUCUAGCUUCCUCACCCGAAUACAAUCCUGAAAUGGAGGCGAGCGGAACGAUUGUUCCUGAAUUCCACGAAAAGACUAGGGCUCCUGCGCAGCUUGAAUCAAGUGCCGAGGACCCGCUCCUGUUGUCAGAUUUCCAGGCUUUCCAUGUUGACGCGGAACAAGGGGCGGCGUUCACCGUCAUCGGCUUACUGGAGAACAUCUUGGCAUUUCACACGCGUACCUUAUCCGAUGCGCAGACAUCUUCCUUGCUGGUCCUGUUGCUCGCGCCAUUACUAUCGCAAACCCAGUCCAGGACUGAUGCUACAGAUAUUUUGGCUCACUUCUCCGAUGUUCUUUCUUCCAUGGGCAUGAGCCCUGCGCAAGUGCAGACCAUCGUAAAGACUCAGCUUAGUCACGUGCUCACCACAGGAAUCAAUCCGUUCCAAGCCGAGGCCAUCUUGUACACUUACCAUGAUCAGCUUCAUAGCCUUUCGCUCUUCAACUCUGCAGCUUCGCUACGUCGUCUCUCGUAUCCUACGUACCCCGCAGUAUAUGAACAAGCCCUCAAAGACACUCAGUUGGGACUGCUAUGCCUUAGCUGCAAGUCCCCCAUCAACAAUCCCAAGGACAAGAUGCGGUGCGAGACCUGCAAAAGGGCGCAAGCGCCGUGUCCAAUCUGCUGGGCUCGGUUUCCGGCUUUUGAGCCGGCCACGAAGAAGAAACUCAAAGCAAAGCACCGUCAUGCUCAUAAAGAUACCACACAUCGCAGGAAGAGAUCUUCUCUACAAUCUGACCAGUUGAGGUUAGACACAGACGUUGAGGGAAGUGAGAUCAGCCCCUCAACCCCUGAGAACCUCUCGGGUCUCAAUACAACGCUCUGGACGUGGUGUCCGCUCUGUGGUCAUGGUGGCCACACACAUUGCCUCUCAACUUGGUUCGCCAACGGCAAUCUCUCAGAUGGUGCUUGCGCCACCGAGGGUUGUCUCUGUGACUGUGUGAGCGGCCGCCGCCGCCACGAUAAACUUGACGAGAUGAUAGCAAGGAAAGCAGAGAAGGAGAGGUCGAAAAUGGUUCGUAAAGGUGACGAUUGGAAGAUUGGGGAGAGUAAAGCUGUCUCUGCCGUUCGUGGCACACUCCCUGUAGGGGACGGUUCAACAACGGAGAGUGUCGAUUCACCACGGAAUCAAGUUUCUACCACUACUGGGGCGUCUUCAGCCGGAACUCAGCUCGGCAAGAAGGAGGACGCGAGAAGGGUUCGAGUCGUGGGUCCUGAGGAUUCGCGAUGA